AUGGUAGAGCUUCGUAAUAAAUACGUCGCUUCUAGAGAGCCCUCAAUUUCCUCCCUAUUAAGCAGAAAUAGUUCUGUUAAUCGCAUGCUUCAAGCAGCACAAAAGCAGCGACAUGAGCUACAAGAGCAGAAGCGUUCGGCACUUCUAGCUCGAUUGGCGGAAAAGGCCGAGAGGGCUCGGACCAUUGCAGAAAAAAAAGAGCAAGAGCGCGUCGAGGCGGCAAAGGUCAAUGAACAACGCCGCUUGGCUGUGAAAGCAAAUGCACAGCGAUUGGAAGAAGCGCAGCGCUUACGAAACAUGCUUAAAUUUAAACAGAAUCAAAUCGUUUUGGGGGAAAAUGUAUCUACCGCUAAACCGAUCGCACAAAAGCCUAUAAGUACGAGUGCCAAAGAAAAUAUCCCUCCUGAUGGAUACUCUACUUUGGCCCUUAAACUAACGCCACCCUCGGAAUUACCAUCCUUUGAUGCAGACGAGCCUACGUCGCUCUCUAAACCGGCUCCAAGCAAUGCAAGCUUGACAUUACAUGAACACUCUAAAUCUAAAAUAUUAAAGGGCGUACGAAUUGAAGUUCACCAAUCUCCAGUUCCACCAUCGAUGCCCAAAUCUCAUCCAUCCCCCAAGAAUAAUAAAGGUGAACUAAAGAUAUUGUCUAAAGAUAUCUUAUCUGUUCAAAGUCCAGUUGCUGCUUCUGUU